AAACAAAUAAAUUUUAAUUAAAUAUUUCCUUUUUUUUUUUUUUAAAAAAAAAAAUGUCUUUUGAAAUAUUAGAUAGUAUAAAUGUUCCAUAAAUAUAUGAUUUUCAUUAAACGAGAAAAAUAAUAGCCUAUAAUUCUGGAAAUAGUAUUCUUUUAUGGGAUCUUGAAAUUGAUAAAAAAAUAAAAUUGCAUUCACAUGAAACUCAUGUUUAGUGUAUUUUAUUCGCAAAUAAUGAUAAAUAUAUAAUUAGUAUAAAUGGAAAUUAUAAAGAAGCAAUAUUUGUUAGUGAAUGGGAAAGUUUAAGAAGAGUAUAGUAAGUUUUUUUACCUUAAAAAAAGAUAAUUAAAGCCAAUAUAAGAAUAUUUUAGCAAAAUAUAAUAAUAAAAAUAAUUUAUUGUUUAUUGUUUAAAAUGAAUAUAAUAAUUAAGGGUUUUCGCUUUGUACUUGGGAAUUAAAAAACGAAAAACUUCAAAUGAAUAAUAUUAUUCAUGAAGAAUAAAAUCAAGAGAUUAUUUUUUUAGAAAAUAUUGAACAAUCAAACUUAAUAUGUUAAUUAAUAUGCGCUGAAAUAAAAUGCAUAAAAAUUUAUAACAUACAAGAAAAUAAAAAUCCUGUAUUAAGAAAUAGAAUUCAUAUAAAAGAAGAGAUUCAAAAUAUUAAAACAAACGAAAUUUUUAAUUUAAUUUGCGUUAUUUUAAAAACUGGAUUUAUUAUAAUUAUAAAUACAGAAGGAUAAAUAGUUUCAUAAAUAAAAGAAAAUAAUAUAAAUUUUAAGUGUUUAUGUUGUUUUUAAAAUUAUUUAUUUACGGGAACUUCUUUAGGAUCUUUAUUUGUAUAUAAUAUAAGUACAAGCAAAUUAUUAAAUCAAAUAUAAAUUUCUGAAUUUUAAUAAUUUAAAUUAAUACAUAAAAAUCAUAUUAAAUAAAUCAAAAAUUUAAGUAAAUACACUAUUUUCAUUUUAUUUUUUUUAAAAUAAAUAAAAUGA